CCCCCCAUUACUCUGCAAAUUUAGAUGUAGACAUACAAAAAUGUUCAUAAAAAUUUUAGUAGUAGUAUUUUGAAUUGUUAGUGGACACCAAAAAUUAUUGGACACAAAGUUAAAAAUGCAUGAAAAAAAUAUGAAACCAAUUGAACAUUAACUGUUUGUUUGUCUCUUUCAUUUAUGUUCAGUUGCUGUCUCCUACAGGCCAAUGCAGAAGCUUCAGUCAUCAACUGUAUGUAUAACCUGUCUCGCCGAAUUGCCAUAGCCCUGCAGCAUGAGGAGCGCAGAUGUCAGUACCUCACCAGAGAGGCCAAGCUCAUGCUGGCAGUGCAGGAUGAGGUCACCACCAUGACUGAGACGGAUGGUACCUCACAGUCCCCUUUUCGCAAGAUCCUUCCCAAGUGUAAAUUAGCAAGAGACCUGAAAGAGGCCUAUGACAGGCCGUAUCAUGCACUGCUGCUGCUGGACGAUGAGAAGGUCUUGUUGGCUCAGCUCUCUCUGGACUGCUCUCCUGCUCUAGUGUGUCUCAUCAAAACCUGCUCAGCCGUGAAGAACCUGCAGCAGUUGGCUCAAGACGCUGAACUAGCUCUCCUUCAGGCCCAGCUGAUUCAGAUGGUGGUGUGGAUGCUCCAGCACCGACUUCUAAUUCAACUCCAUACAUACGUUUGUCUGCUUGUCCUGCCUAUUGAGGAAGAGCCACCCAUAGUCACACGAGUCACAGGCCGAAGUCUGAGCACACCCAGUGCCCUGAGUUUUGGUUCUCUGACAAGCAGCGAUGACAUGACUCUGACGAGUCCCAGUAUGGAUGACUCAAAUGCUGAGCUACAGACCGGAGGAGACUCUCCUCUCAACAAGAGGAAGACAGAAACUGUGCUGGUCAGCCUGUCUGAACACGAGCGGCAGGCCGUCCUCCGUGUCCCAGCUGCACAGAACCCAGAGAACCUGCGCUUGUUUGCCAGGCUGCUGCAUUACUUCAGAGGUCAUCAUCACCUGAAAGAGAUCAUGUACAAUGAGAAUAUGCGUCGAUCCCAGCUAAAGACAUUAUUUGACAAGUUUCGCAGUGUUUUAGUCAUCACCAACCACAAGGAUCCCAUAAUCUCUUUGUUCCAAUCUCCACUAGAGUAAAAGGAUCAUUCGGCUUGCUGUGGGAGUGCUGAACCUAGACCAGACGACUGUGUGAUGUGUUUGCUUAUCUACUGUGGGUUUAUAGCUGAUUUAGGCUUGAAUCAUUUGUUUAACCUACUUCAGUGAAAUGGCUUAGGCUGCAACAAAUGAAUGAUUCAGUUUCAUAAGAUGCUUAUUCAAAAAUCAACGCAUAAUCUAACGUAAUGUAUAUACACCGAUCAGCCACAACAUUAAAACCACCUGCCUAAUAUUGUGUAGGUCCCCCUCAUGCCACCAAAACAGUGCCAACCUGCAUCUCAGAACAGCAUUCUGAUUUGAUCCCAGUGAUGUGGAGCGUGGCAUGAUUGUUGGUGCCAAAUGGGUUGGUUUGAGUAUUUCUGUAACUGCUGAUGUCCUGGGAUUUUCACACACAACAGUCUCUAGAAUUUACUCUGAAUGGUGCCAAAAACUAAAAACAUCCAGUGAGCAGCAGUUCUGUGGACAGAAAUGCCUUGCUGAUGAGAGAGGUCAACAAAGAAUGGCCAGACUGGUUUGAACUGACAAAGUCUACAGUAACUCAGAUAACCGCUCUGUACAAUUGUGGUGAGAAGAAUAUCAUCUCAGAAUUCUAUUCUGAGAUGCGGGUUGGUGCUGUUUUGGCGGCACGGGGGGGACUUACACAAUAUUAGACAGGUGGUUUUAAUGUUGUGGCUGAUCGGUGUAGCUUUGUUGACCAAAGAUUUGCCUAAUGUCACAGAAUGUUGACUUUUACCUCUUGCGUGGUUUAUUUGAAUAAAUGAUUCAAGGGUUGUGCUGUGCGGUUUAUCCUUGGACAACCAUAAAAUGGGUUGUUUAAGUAUUUACCAAAGCGUCUCCUAUUUGGAGGCUUUUCUCUAAAGAGAUAGAUCAUUUCCUCAGACAAACAAGAUUAUGCCGUGAUGAUAACUUCAGACCAAAAGACUGUUUGGCCUGAAGGCUUCAGAGCAGAGAAACAAGGAUAGGGAAGAGAAAGUGAAAGAGAAAUGGAGGGAGGGUGGGUAAGGAUACAAGAUGCCAAAGGCUGGACGGAGGUUGUAAUUGCCUUAAGGUGUUUUCCAAACAUCUGUAAAACCAAUGAGAUCCAGGAAAAACUAUAUGUUGAAGUUUUAAAUUGUUACAAAAACCCACAUGCUCGUUAAACAUGUUAAAGGAAUAGUUCGCCCAAAAUCGAUUAGAUCGCUUCAGAAGACACAGAUUAAAACAAUUAUGGAUUACUUUUA